ACAGGGGACGCCAUUGUGGACCGUAACGACUUUGGGUGUCAGUUAGUGUCAUCCAACAUAUUCAAGUCCAUCGGCGUUUACUUCGGUUUAUUGCUCGAAAGUAUCCAAAAAGAAAACACGAUGGCCCAAGAGCAGGAGAUGCCCACAUUCAAAUGUGUGCUCGUCGGAGACGGCGGCACCGGUAAAACCACCUUCGUCAAACGCCACUUGACUGGAGAAUUCGAGAAGAAGUAUGUGGCCACCCUUGGUGUUGAGGUGCAUCCCUUGGUCUUCCACACGAACAGGGGCCCAAUCCGUUUCAACGUCUGGGACACAGCUGGUCAAGAGAAGUUUGGAGGCCUCCGUGAUGGCUACUACAUCCAAGGUCAAUGUGCCAUAAUCAUGUUCGAUGUUACCUCGAGGGUCACCUACAAAAACGUCCCCAACUGGCAUAGGGAUCUUGUAAGGGUCUGCGAGAACAUCCCAAUUGUUCUGUGCGGCAACAAAGUUGAUAUUAAGGACAGGAAAGUGAAAGCCAAAACCAUUGUGUUCCACAGGAAAAAGAACCUUCAGUAUUACGACAUUUCCGCUAAAUCGAAUUACAACUUCGAGAAACCGUUCCUCUGGUUGGCGCGCAAACUGAUUGGUGAUCCCAACUUGGAGUUCGUAGCCAUGCCAGCCCUCGUCCCGCCAGAGGUCCAGAUGGAUCCUCACUGGCAACAGCAAAUCGAGAAGGAUCUCAAGGAAGCCCAGGAAACGGCCCUGCCGGAGGAUGAUGACGAUUUGUAGAAAUUGUCAUCAGUUCAAUUCUGCAAGCAUUUAUUAUUAUCAAUUUUUUUUCUCCGUUUUCUCUCCUAAAUUAAUGAACUUUCCGGAUCGGGGAAGCUGUUCGCCGUUUAGAAAUUAUUUUUUUAAAUUUGUAUUAAGUAAAUUUUAAGGAAUGCGGAUUUACAUGCUCGAGAGGAUCCCACACGCAAAGAAUAAUAAAAGAAUAACUCGUUUCCAAUUUGAA